AUGGAGUCGGGAGAGAUCAGAAUGCGGUUCGGCCGGUGCCCAUACUGCCGCGCCAUGUUCUACCGGAACCCCAAUGAAGUCAUCUACUACUGCAGCAAAUGCCGCACUCCGAUCAGAGGCAAGAACCCUGAGCCGAGGAACGAAACCGACCAUGCGCUGAACAGGCUGGAGAUCCUCUCGGCUGACACCGUGUCGGUGUUCUCCGACGUGCUCAACGCUUGUCACAAGCAGGCUUCGGUUCUCGAUGGCGACGGCGACCAGCCUCUGUUGUUCAGCAGCUCCACUUCUUGUUCCGACUUCAACGCGCACAGCCAGGACGUUGCACCUGCAUCUUCCUCCUCGUCGUCACCGUGCCCAAACGGAGGAUUCAGUCCAGCUCGGGUCGGCCAUCCUCUGAACAAUGGCGUCCCUCUUAGUGCUCGAUGCGACGAUCACCGCAUUGGCUCAAAUGAGCAAGAUGAGCUCCGGCUGUUGUCUCGACGGACGAGGCGCCCGUCCAGCUCUGACUCGAGUGUUCUGCGUUACGGCGUGUUCAUGUCAACGGAUUCGGAAACGGGGGAGGAAUCCUCCACGACAACAAACGCGUGCGAGCGGUGGGGGCAGCAGCGCCGGCGAUCAUUCCUGAGAUUACAAGAGCUCCACAUGUCGAUUGGCUUGUCCUGGCCGGAGCAGUCCGGCGUUUCGGCGUCGCCGCUGACGGACCCGGAGUUCCACAGGGAACUGCUCCUCGCGCUGGACAAACUCCGCGGCUUGAUCGCCGCCGUCGUACCGGCAUCGAGCAGUGGGAGAGCGGAGGCGCGGCGCAACGCCCGCCUCUUCCAUCGGCUGGAGUCGCAUCUCCCGCGGGCGCUGCCGCCCGUGGAACAAGGCCUGCACCGUAAGGCGAGCAGCACCGGAUUCUCGUGGUCAUCCAGCGGUGGCCACAGCGAACGGCAGAAGCACCACUGCCGCCCGGUCCUGGGCGGCGCGCCGUUCGCAGUCUGCCUAGGCUGCUCCGAGCUGCUGCAGACGCCGACGAUUGUGCUGCCGUCACGGAGGAAGGUCGCCAGGCUGAGGUGCGGCGGCUGCGAGGCAGUGCUGGAGGUGAGGGUGGCAGCGGGCUUUGCUGCCUUGGCUCACCAGACGACUCGGACGUCGUCCGCGCCGCGGGCGUCCGACUCUGGCAGCUGCAACAGUGGCCUGAGUGGCGCCGGUGCGCAGGAGCUGCCGCCGCAGCCGCUGCACGUCGCGUUGGGAUACAGUUCUCCGAGCCUGCUGCUGCAGAGCCGACGCUACUGA